CAGAAUAAUCGAAGUAACGCUGCAUUUUGCGAAAGGUUAGGUUACCUUCAUUUACCUUAAUCAGCUGUGGCAAGUUCGAACUAAAAAUUCGUGUAUAAACCGUUAAAGGAUUUUGUUUUUAUACCUUCAGCCAUCGUGUUCGUUAUACCAAUAUUAAGUUACCGAGUAUAUCACAAUUUUAAUAAUAGUCAGUAAUAGAGAAAGUAGCGUUUCCACGAACAGAAAACAUGAGCGAAGUCGAGGAGACCGAGAAUGAGAAGGUUGAACCAAACGUCGUCUUAGAAGCUCAGGAUGUCGGAGAAAGUGAAAUUGAGAAAUUGAAAGGAGACACUGUGGGAAAUACUCUUUACAGUGGCAAAUGGAUAAUCAAUACUUUACUUUCGGUGGCAAAGGUUCCUGAGAAUGGCUGGAAUGAAAAAUUGGAAACUGACCUCUGUACUUUAUGGGAUAUAACCACAGAGAAAGAGAUUGUUCAGUUCCUUGUAGACAAUGAUUUCUUUAAAAUUGCAGAUUUAUUCAAUUUUUUUGUGAUUAAUAUAAUGUUUUUAUAUAAUUUAUAGGAAAUAGUUUUGGGAAUAAUUGGCAACAUGACUUGUGAACAAUCAGCGCUUGAAAUAUUAGGAACUAAAGACGCACUUUUGGAAACAAUUCUUCGUCACCUUUUUUCUGAAGACACUCCUACGCUGGUGCAAAUUCUUCGGCUUUUACGUUCUGCGCUUUGGAAUAUUCAAAAUAAUCCAGAUUCAAAGUGGCGAGUCAAUUUGCGAAAUUCCACGUACUUGAGAGAAGUAGUUCCUUUUAUAUUGAAAAGUUCUACGAACGAGGAGCUUCUAAUUGCAACGACAAGUUUUCUGCGUUCUUCGGCAGAGAUCGAUCUUCCAAAUGGGAAAACGUUGUUGGAUGAACUUUUUCAAUCAUCCAGUUUUCUUCCAGGCAUGUUAGAAUCAUUCGAAGAAGUUAUUCCUCAAGAUGAAGCCUCCUACUUAGCCCCCACUUUAAAGUACCUUGAGGAUUGGUUAGAAUUGUUUUACAAUCUUCGAAAGGGACACCAAAUUCAUCAAGAAAUCUCGCAAGACGACAAUCUUGUUCGAACUGUGGAAAUUCCACGGAGAAUCUUAGCGAAUUUCAUCGAUCCGUGGAAUCUUUAUCCUCUAGACGAGACGAAGGCUUCUUGCGUCCAUAGGUGUGCAGAAAUGAUUCUCGAUUUUCGGUGGAAAGGAUUUUUGAGGGCGGACUCUACAGUAGAUAUAAAUUGCACAAUUCUGAAAAUUAUUCUAAGCAUUAGCACAGCAAUGAAAGUGGAAGAAGAGGACUCGGAAGAAACGAUGAAAGAAUUGUUGAAGUAUCUUGAAGGGUAUUGGGUAGAAAUAGCAAAGGUUUCUACAACAGAAGAAGUUAUAGAAAUUUUGGAAACAAAUGAGAAGGAAGUUGUAGAUCAUGCGAUAAAUUUGUUAAAAUCGAAAAUUCCUGAAGAGAAAUUGAAGGCACUAGCAGAUGGGUUAUCAAAUGAAUAA